AUGGCUUCACCAACUCCCGAUGCUCCCACUACCGCUCCCGCCCCCGAUUCUACAUCGCGCGAUGUCUCAGCAGAGAAGGAACAGAAGAAGUCUGAGGUCAACGGCAUUGCUGACAUUGCUGUUAUCAGCAAUUCAACACCCGAGAAGUCGGAUGAUAAAUCUGUUCCAGUAAACGGCGACAAAAGCACGGUUGAUCCAGUCGAGAACGGUGUUGGUAAGGAUGUCGAGAUGACUGAGGCAAGCGAUGAAAGGAAAUCCAUCGUAGACUCACCAGCAAAGGAUGAUGGCGCAGAUAACGAUCGCAAGGCUGAGAAUGGUGAUCAGACGAAAAAGACGGACGACGCCAAACCGACAGCAGAUGGGCCGAAAGCUGCGUCAGAAGAUGUCGAUAUGGCAGAUGCUGCUACUGAAGAGAAGCCUGAAGACAACAAAGCUCAAGACGACAAACCUGUCCAGGACGAACCUGAAACCCCGGCCGAAGAUGCUGCCAAAGAGGGAUCGAAAGAUAUCGAUAUGACGGAGAAGCCCUCCGACACCCCCGAAAAGCCCGAAGCAACAAAACAAAAGGCAGCUACUCCAGCCAACAGUGUCACAGUUCCAACCUCCGAGCCUGAUGUCCAACCUGCCAGCUUGUCUCAGCUUGCUAUUGAUAAUAAAGAGUCCGAUGCCCCCAAGCCUUCUACUGAGGUGUCCAUGCAGGACGCGCCCGCUCCAGACACUUCUGUCAGCUCUAAGGUAGCACGCGAACGGGAGGACGACGUCGCUGAUGAGCCUGCACCGAAGCGAGCCAAGACUGAACCCAAGUCAGAAGAACCUGCAGACACUGUGAUGACUGCCCCAAAACCUGACCCAACCCCUGCCGAGUCCGCUCCUGAGCAGGAGGUCUCACGCUUCUCUGGUCUCGAUCGAUGGAAUGAUGGUGAUUUCAAGGAUCAGAAACUCACAGCUUAUCAACGACGUGAGUUCCGCAAGGUGCUUGGUCGUGUGAAAAAGACAAAGUCGGGCGGGCAUUUCAAGGAUUCCGUUCCGAAAUUAUGGCCACAGCUCGCCGACAGUUACCUCGCUAAAAUCGAUAAACCGACGGAUCUGUCGGAAAUUGAUCGAACUCUGCGCGAUGUCGAUGGCGCUUAUGUUACAGUCGGUGAUUUCCAAAACGACUUGGUCCUCAUGUACGACAAUACCCGUAGCUUCAACGGCACCAUGCACGAGGUCACCGCUGCCGCGUUCAAUGCCAUUCGUGGUAUCUGGGAAGAUGUCAUCCACAUUCCUCAGGAGGAGGCAGUCAAGCCCAAGGCUGCACCUAAGCCUAAGCCUCCUCGUGAGUCGCGCAUCAGUGCCCUUGGUGACCCUACUCCUCGCAAGCCUUCUGUUGGGCCUGGCACUAGUCCUGCUGCUGAGGUACCAUCAAAGCCACAGCAUGGAUCUCGCGAGGCUAGUGCUGCUGCUGCUGCUGACUUGCGCCGUGCGUCGAAUGCGACUGAGGGUGAUCGCCCUAAGCGAACCGUCCGUGCUCCCAAGUCAAAGGAUAUUGACUAUACGACCAAGCCUUCGCGCAAGAAGCUCAAGCCUGAGUUGCAGUUCUCCGAAGAGGUCCUUAGCGACUUGAUGCACCCCAAGAACCAUGCCAUUAAUGGCUGGUUCUUGGAACCUGUCGAUGCCGAAGGUCUUAAUAUUCCCCAUUACUACUCUAUCAUCAAGAGGCCCAUGGAUCUCGGAAAGGUCGCUCGCAUGCUUAAGGACGGCGACAUUACCAGCAUUAAGGACUUUGACAGGAACGUGCGGCUGAUCUUUUCGAAUUGUUAUACCUUCAAUGGCAGUGUAGACCAAGGCAAUACGGUUUCCUUCGUCGCCUCUCAACUGGAAGGAUACUACAACAACUUGAUGAAGGAUAAGGACAAUUGGUUGGCCAGGCAUGCCAAGGCAAAUGCCCCUGCUGCUUCUCACGGCAGUGACGAAGAAGACGAGGAGGAUGAGGCCGAUGGUGAUGGUGAUGAAGCAGCGACCCCCACUAGUGCUGAUCCAAACAAGGAAGUGCGGGACCUGGAAGCCAAACUGCGCGAAGAAAGCAACAAGCUCACUGAACUUUUCGCUGCUGAUUCGCCCAAUGAAAGUCUAAUCGAGGUUCAGCAGACCAUUGUCAAUCUGGUUCAGCAAAGCUUGCUCAAGGCGAAGCAGACUCUUAGCCAGCACCGCACAAAGCAUCCUGAAAAACCAGCUAAGAAAGCCAGCAAGCCUAGCAAGCCCAAGCCCAGUGGAUCUGCUCCCCGCAAGCCCAGCGGAGGUGCGCCUUUUGCAAAGAAGCCCAGCGGCACCAAGAAGGCGGCCUCCAAAAAGACACUUACAGCCGCUGAUAAAGACUUGAUUGCCUCGGCCAUCAAUGACCUGGAUGGUGACCAGCUUGAUCGGGCCAUCGACAUCAUCAAGCGUGACACGGGUCAGAACGAGAACACUGAUGGAGAGCUAGAGCUAGACAUCGACCAGCUAAGCAAUGAGGCACUUCUCAAGCUUUGGGACUUGUGCAAGAGGGUGCUACCUGGAUUCGGCAGGGACUCGAACGUAGCACCUUCUCCUGAAGUUUCCCGAGCAGCGCCUCCAAAGCAUUCGAAAUCAUCAUCAACAUCGGCAAAGCCCAAGAAGAAUAAACCCAUGAGUGCUCGUGAACAAGAAGAGCGAAUUGCACAGCUUCGAGGUCUCCGUGAUCUAUACAGACCGGGUCAGGAGCCUGGAGACGCUCAGCCCGUGCUGCAAGCUCCUACACCAACAGCCGAGUCCAGUGAUGAAUCGGACUCGGAAGAGGAGUAG